GGAGGGAAGAGAGGGCGGGCGGGAGGUGCCGGCGCCAGACGCGGAGGAAGGAGCUGCGACCAGCCGCCGAGAGGCCGCGGAGCCCGCGACGACCGAGCCAGCCGAGCCGCCGCCGCCGCCGCGCCCAUGGCGGCCGCCAAGGACACCCACGAGGACCACGACACCUCCACCGAGAAUGCCGACGAGUCCAACCAUGACCCCCAGUUUGAACCAAUAGUUUCUCUUCCUGAGCAAGAAAUUAAAACGUUGGAAGAAGAUGAAGAGGAGCUUUUUAAAAUGCGGGCCAAGCUGUUCCGGUUCGCUUCAGAGAACGACCUCCCGGAGUGGAAGGAGCGGGGCACUGGGGACGUCAAGCUGCUGAAGCACAAGGAGAAGGGGACCAUCCGCCUCCUCAUGCGCAGGGACAAGACCCUCAAGAUCUGCGCCAACCACUACAUCACACCGAUGAUGGAGCUGAAGCCGAACGCAGGCAGUGACCGUGCCUGGGUCUGGAAUACCCACGCAGACUUCGCCGACGAGUGCCCCAAGCAGGAGCUGCUGGCCAUCCGCUUCCUUAACGCCGAGAAUGCACAGAAAUUCAAAACAAAGUUUGAAGAAUGCAGGAAAGAGAUUGAAGAGAGAGAAAAGAAAGGAUCUGGCAAAAAUGAUAGUGCCGAGAAAGUAGCUGAGAAGCUAGAAGCUCUUUCGGUGAAGGAGGGCAAGGAGCCCGAGAACGAGACCAAGGAGCCCGAGAACGAGACCAAGGAGGUGGCUGAGGAGGAGCAAUGAGUCAGCUCCUGUUGUGUUCUUUCUCCCUGUCUUUUCCCUUUUUCUUUUUUUAAAUUUUGCCCUGCACCCUUCUUUUUGGUUUGUUUUUAUUCUGUUUUGUUUUUACAAGGGACUUUAUAUAAAGAACUGACUUCCAACAUU